CCGGGGCCGCGGCGGUCGGCGGGCGCGCAAGGGUCGCCGUGUCCCGCCUGUUGGCCCGGCCUCUCCGCGGGAACAGCACGGGGCAGCGCCGGUCGCGGGAGCGCGCAGGGGUUCGGGUGCAGUCCCUCCCCGCAGCGGUGCCCGGAGCGCGACGCUGAUGGGUGUGACGCGCGCGGCUGAGGCGCUCCCCCUGCGCCGGCGGGGAGGCGGCCCUGCGCCCUGACCGGGGCUGCGCGGGCUCCGCGCGGCGGGGACACGGGCUCCGCGGGCGGCUCGGCGCUCCGGAGGUGGCAGCGUCAGCGGUGGCCGGCGCGGAGGCGGUGGGGCGGAUCGGUAGCGCCGGUGCGCGCUGCGCAGGGUACAGCACAGCGAUGUAGGGGACAUGCCCUGACGGGACGGCGAACGGACGGGUGCCGCCUACGAGGGGGAGCAGCGCCAGCGGAGCCGCCCGCGGGAGAUUCGGCAGCAGCCGGAGAGGUCCCCGGGCUCCGCCGCGAUGGCUGGGCCCGGGCUCUGGAGGAGCAUCAAGUCCCUGCUGCGGAGGAGCGAGGACCCCUUGUUCCUGAACGACUCCAGUGCCUUUGACUUCUCGGACGAGGCGGGGGACGAGGACUUCCCUCGGUUUAACAAGCUGCGGGUGGUGGUGUCGGACGAUGCCUCGGAGGCGGCACCGGACACGCCGGUGGCCGGGGCGCCCCUGGGCCUGCCCUCCGACGACGAGUCCCUGCUGGAGCGGGCCGGAGCCCGCACCGGCCGGCCGGCCCCCUGCGGCGGCUGCAGCAGCCGGCGGGAGCGCUCCAGGCAGAGGACGGUGAAGAAGCGGUUGACGCUCGCUGCCCUCCUCUACCUCCUCUUUAUGACCGGGGAGCUCGUAGGUGGAUAUGUUGCUAACAGUCUAGCAAUUAUGACUGAUGCACUUCAUAUGUUAACUGACCUUAGUGGUAUUAUUUUGACCUUGCUUGCUCUCUGGCUGUCUGCAAAAUCUCCCACAAAGAGGUUCACUUUUGGAUUUCAUCGCUUAGAGGUAUUGUCUGCCAUCAUUAGUGUACUGCUGGUCUAUAUCCUUAUGGCAUUCCUCUUGUAUGAAGCCGUUCAAAGAACUAUCCAUAUGGACUAUGAAAUAAAUGGUGAUAUCAUGCUGAUAACAGCAGCCGUUGGUGUUGCAGUUAACUUAAUAAUGGGUUUUUUGCUGAAUCAGUCUGGCCACCUUCACUCCCACUCCCAUUCCCACCCUCACUCUCAUGUACCUCAGUCGAACUCUCCUAACACAGCCCUCAGCAGCAGCCACGGGCACAGCAGCCUUGCCGUCAGAGCAGCGUUUGUACAUGCCCUUGGGGACCUGGUACAAAGUAUUGGUGUGCUCGUGGCUGCAUACAUAAUACGCUUUAAGCCAGAAUACAAGAUUGCUGAUCCUAUAUGUACAUAUGUAUUCUCCAUACUGGUGGUUUUGACAACAGUUCGAAUUCUGUGUGACACAGGAGUUAUUAUUCUGGAAGGGGUUCCAAGGCAUUUAAAUGUGGAUCGCAUUAAGGAAGACUUGAUGAAAAUUGAAGAUGUUUAUUCUAUAGAAGACUUAAAUGUUUGGUCUCUUACUGCCGGAAAAACAACUGCCAUAGUCCACUUGCAACUAGUUCCUGGUAGUUCAUCUAAAUGGGAGGAAGUUCAGUCCAAGGCUCGACAGCUGCUGCUGAACACAUUUGGAAUGUACAAGUGCUCUGUGCAGCUUCAGAGUUACAAACAGGAAAUGAGCAAAACCUGCGCAAGUUGUCAGAAUUCCAGUGCCUGAUUUCGUAUGUUUUGGGAACUGCUGCCUUAUUCUUUAUCUUGUAGUCAAAGACUGAGAGCAAUAAAUGCAAAAUGAAAAUG